CUGUUUAUUUAUAGAUAAACUUUACAACAAACAGAUUAUAUUUAUCAUGUUUGAAAUAGAAACAAUUGAGGGAUAUAACUUACUACCGUAAUAGUAAACGUUGUCAAACGUGACGAAAACAUUUUAUAUCAAUAACUUAAACAUUUGAAAGGAUUAUAUUGCCUUCAUUGUGGUAUAAAGAUUGAUUUUCAUGAAUUCAAAAUGGAGGUAUCAGGUCGUAAGGAAUGGAGCGAUAAACAUUCAACAUGUAACCAAGGGAGACGUCUUAAAUUUCUUUGCCAGCCCUGUGAGUGUGACGGUGAUACAAUAGAAGCGGAGGCAUUCUGUGAAACUUGCAACGAGUUCAUCUGUUCUUCAUGUCUUAAAGUUCAUCGUAAAUUGGCUUUGAGUAAAAAUCACGUGAUCAAGUUGAAGAAUGAAAUGCCAAUAUCCUGGGAAAAGCAAAAAGAUCCAUGUACGGAGUUGUGUUCAGUCCAUCAUACUGAAAUUAUAAAGUUUUAUUGUGAAGACCAUAAUUCUGUAGGAUGCGGAGAUUGUAUGGUCCUUAGCCACAAAACGUGUUCUGUUAAACUCGUCAGUGAUGUAUCCGACAACUAUGAUACCUGCGAGGAACUCGUGCAAAUCAAGAGUAAGACGGAAACCUUUCUGCGUAGAAUUUCAUCUUACCAAGGUGAUAUUGUAAAUGACAUAAAGACUGCUGAUGAAAUGAGAGAAAAAAUUAUGAAAGAAAUUCACAUUUUUCGACAAGAGAUUAACGAAUAUUUGGAUAAUGCUGAGGCAGAUCUGCUGAAACGAAUAGAUCAGCUUACAUCGAAACAAGUGUUUCAGCUUGGGCAAAUGGAAAAAGAAUUUGAGUCUAUGGAAACUGAAAUGAGAGAAUGUCAAGACAAAAUAAGUAAAAAUUCAGAUAAGAUAAAUCAAUUGUUUGUAAUAGCAAAACUUGCUCAUGAAAAGAUUGAAGCCUGCCAGAUUUCAACCGAGAAGAUAGGGCCUAAAUGUGAGAUCGAAAUAUUUGACUUUGUAAAGUCUCAAGAGUUAGAAAAGCUUGUAACAGGCCAAUACAAUGUAUCCCAUUGGGAUUAUCAAUGA